AUGAAAAACCUUGCGCAGCACUCGAGGAAGAAACUGUGUUUAUUCCAUUUAAUUUUUUUCUUCUUCAAAAUCAUCGGCUUGGCGCCAUUUGCUGUGGAUAUCCCGCGGUUGCUGGAGGCGAAAAAAGAACACAAUAGCCCUAAAAAAACCUUUACAGCGUCAACUAUUGGAAUUAUUCACAAUUGUGCGUUGAUUGCCUGCAUAAUUUACGUCGAUUCCCAGACGUUCGAUAGUGUCAGAAGAGAUCCUUCCGCUCAAGUGAUUAAACUGCCGAAAAUAAUCGGGAGAUGUCUCACCGCGAUCGGAUUUCUGUUGAGCAUCUUCAUAUGGGCCUUGUACAUCCUGCGAGUGAGAAGAAUAGUCGCCCUGGCGAAUGAAUUGCUCGAAAUAGACGGAAUUAUGUUCAGGGCUAACAGUCUUCACCUGAAAUUUCCGAAGGCUAUAGUACUCGUGUCAGCGGUGCAUUUCACGAUGUCUGGUUACUUGAUCGCAGCCGAAGUUUCAACGCAGCAAACGUCAAUCCACGUAUUGAUAGUGUUCGUUCUUCCUUCGAUCAUCGUCAGUUGGACUCUCGUGCAAUACUCGCUGGUGCUGCACAUGAUCGAAGAGAGGAUUGCAAAUGUGAACAGAUCACUGCUAGAAAUUGGAAAUAUUCCGAUGGAGCUUGCGAUGCCUUCGCUGUUCGUCAGGAAGAUUCCGGUGACGAAAGACGCGACCGCCAAAAUCGUCAGCAUUCGGAGAGUGGACGUGGACUUGUGCGAUCUUUGCUAUAAGAUUCGGGAUUUUUAUGCACCGCCAACUCUUAUGACAGUCACAUUCUUCGGGGCCUCGCUAGUUUACUCUGGCUACUUCCUGGUGAUGCCGUUUAUCACAAGAUCCGAUCCGCAUUUUCAUCUCACGUACAUCAACGGCAUCGCCUGGUUGAGUCUCCAACUGUCUUGUCUCUUCAAUUUGACGAUUAGUGUCACUAAAAUUACACGGACGAUCAGAAAAACUGUUAACUUUGUACAUCUACUUUUGGACUGCUGUGUAUUGCCUUCGGAUGCAUCGGCAGAGUUGAAAGGCUUCUCCCGUCAAAUUCUUAUGAAGAAAUUCCAAUUGAGUGUGUACGACAUGUUCCCACUGGAUAACUCAUUACUAAGUUCAAUCGCAGGAUUCAUUAUUACGAACCUAAUCAUCCUGAUACAAUUCUCAACUUAG